AUGAUAGUCAACUACACUGUGAAACAAUCUUCUCACUACAAAGGGGUGCCGGGCGGCCCCGCUCCCGCCGCGGCUCCGUCCCUCGCCGCCGCCCGCCACCGCCCGUGUGUCCGGCCGAACCAUAGAGAUCGUUUAAGGCGGGGGGGAGAGAGGGGCUCAUCCGCUGCCCACGUGACUGGACAUGUCACUCACCCGGCCGGCGCCAUCUUGGGGAGGGAGGGGAGGCCGCUGCCCCCGGCUCGCGUUCAAGAUGGCGCGGGCGGGCGGAAGGCCGGUGCUCGCAGGGGAGUGCUGUGCCACUCCCCUCGACUCCCGCCGGACUGCGCGGCUGGGGGGGGAGUUAACGUUCGUCCGGCGGAUGCUGGGAGCGGGGCGCUCCCGCUCUCGAUCCGGGGCUUCUUGAAAGACGCGGGAAGAGCCGUCCGUCCGCUAGGGCUGCUUGCUGGGACCGCCGCCUGGGGGAGCUCGGUGCGGCGGGACCUCGCCCGGCUGUUCCACAGCGCGGUGGGCAGAGGGGCGCUGAGGGCGGCGGGGAGGGAGUGCCGGAGGGCAGCGCAGCGCGGAGGGACUGUGCGCUCGAACGCUUUGUUUGUGGAGUCAGAUCUGAACCUGGUGUGCCAGAUGCAUUCAGGAAAUACACAGUGUUAAAAGGAAGACAGAACUGUAGCUACUACUGCCUUCAGCUUUUAGACAAAAAGCAUUUUACUCUCACAGAUCAGUCCUAUGCAUGGAAGAGGAAAAAGCAAGCUUUCUUCUUUUUCAGCUCCUAAUCUGUCUCCAACUUUGAACUGAUUGACUUCAGCUGGAUAAAGUACAACUGAGUUGCAAUCAGACCAUGCUUUAACUCUUCAAAAACUUGCUUGUCAGUCUCACAAGGCAGGGCUGCGUACUACUUCAUCAGUUCACUGCAUUCUCUUUAAGGCUUUGGCAACACAUAACUGCUUAAAAAUUUAAGACAUUAUAGUGCAUUUGGCUUUGACACAGGUUAUUGAUUUCAUAUUUUAUGAGAAAAUAUUUAAAUAAGACUUCUCUAAAAGAAAUGUAAACGUCUUUCCUCAUUUGUUCCAGUGCAGUGCUGUGCACAGAGUCGAGGGAUCAUUUUAGAGGUAAGGCAGUGCCAUAUCAUGCUACAACGCCAAACCCGGAGGCAUGAACAGAUGUUCAGUAAGCAUAUCUGCAAGUAAUACUUCUGAUGUACUCCAGAAGCUGGUUCUUUGUACAUGUACAUACGAGUAGUACUACGUGCAUAAUACUCCUGUCCCUUUCCAUGCCUCCUUGUGAAAGAUGAUCAGAAACAGACUUUUGUCUGUGCAUUGUAAAGGUCUUCUAUUGGUGGCAAUCCAGUUUUGAGUGCUAUUUUUUGUGGGGUCUCAGUCCCUUUCCUGAUAUGACCCGCUGUGAUGGGGGAAAGAAGGGAAAGUCCUCCGGCAAGGAAGCCAGAAACUUAAGUAAUUCCUUGACAACUUUAACAGUUCCAAGAAACAGCUAACAUUGAAAACAACAGAGAAGGCAAUGCCAGGUUUCCCAACAGUCUGUCAUCCUCACCAGCUUCAGCAAUCUUGAAGAUGUCAGCUUUGGAAAUAUCACUGGUCAUGGCCAAGUCGCUUAGCUCAUUCCAAGCCUAAGACAGGUAUUCUGUACACAGAGAGCAAUAAUUAUAAUUGCAGCUUAAAGACCAGGGUCUUCAAAAAUAAAACUCUGAACAUGCUAAACAGGCAUCUGACUUAGAAGGGACUUUCCUUCUUUCUUAUCUCUGGGCAACCCUUCCUGAAAAACUAAAACAAAACAAAAACCAAACCAAUAUGCCUUCUUAACAGUAUUAAACAGCCAUAAGUUGGGGCCUUUGAGUAUGCUUCAACUUUGCAGUAUUUUUGAUAAAGAAAAAAAGAUGGUAGCUGUAUUUAAUACAUCCUUUCUAUUAAGAACGUGCUUCAGGUGAUGAGAGGAUUAUGGUAUUGACAAAUGAGAUUCCACUGCUGUAAAACAUGUUUUCAGAACUAGUUUUGAUAGUGCUAAUGACAGCCAUUUUUAAAUUGGAAUAAUUUCCUAAGGAAAACCAUCAAAACAUGGGAAACCAUCAGUUUCCUAUUCAAUAAAGGUGGCAAAAUAAAAUGGAGAAAACUCACUGCUGCUUGAGUGGAGAAUCUCACAUUUAUCUUGAUGAAUUGCAUCUUGUUGUUUGGGAGAGAAUUUUACCAGUUGUGAUGUUCAGUAUAAUCCUGUUUUCUAGCAUACUUGUAAUACCGCUUUUCAUGCAAUUUUGCUUUUUUUUAUCGUGAAAGAAUUCUGUUUAAUUCAAAAUCUAAGAGAGUUUUUUGUACAUCCUGCCUACAUCAUUAUCUAUGUUUCCACUGAAUAAAACCUGAAGGCUGAAACAAACAAAUAAA